UCAUUUGUUUGUAUUUUGUAAACGGGAGAUGAUUGUGGUGUAGAAAGAUCAAAAGAAAUCAAAAUUGAAAUGGGCGUGAUUAUGAUUAGGGAUCAUGUAGACCAGUAGAUACAGCGGCUGUGAAGUGGAAGACUUUGGUGACCGACGUAGCAUCACAAGGGGCCAUGUCGGCAGACCAGUUCAAAGGCCUGCUGAAACUCUCAGAGUCCAGUCGACUGGCGCUAGUGAAGAAAAGUAGAAUACAUGACGCCUAUGAUGUAGAACAUUCGCCCUUUGCACGGGGUAAAUUCGCGGCCGUACGCCGCUCCACACACCGCGUCUCGGGCGUGGCGUUCGCGGCCAAAUUCGUCCGCCGGCGCCGCCGAGCCUCAGAGGUGCUCCAUGAGAUACUGCACGAGGUGGCCAUACUGGAGCUGGCCCGCGCCGCUGCCGGCCAGCCGGGCAGUGAGCGCAUCGUCCGCCUGCACGAGGUGUUCGAGACGCCCACCGAGACGGCGAUGGUGCUCGAAAUGGUUCCGGGCGGGGAGCUGCAGCGUCUCAUUGACGCCGGUGAGACCAUCUCUGAGCCAGAGGUGCGUCGGAUGCUACGGCAAGUGCUGGAGGCUGUCUCCUUCCUGCACGACAGAAACAUCGCCCACCUCGACCUCAAGCCUCAGAACAUCCUUCUGACGGGCCCGUUCCCGGGCUGCGACGUCAAACUGUGCGACUUUGGCAUCUCGCGACUGAUCGAGCCUGGUGUGGAGGUCCGUGAGGUGCUCGGAACGCCCGACUACGUGGCUCCGGAGGUGCUGCAGUAUGAGCCCAUCAGCCUGAGGACCGAUAUGUGGUCGGUGGGUGUGCUGGCGUACGUCCUUCUCUCGGGCCACUCGCCGUUCGGUGGCGACACCAAACAGGAGACGUUCUGUAACAUCUCGCAGGGCCAGCUGGACUUCCCCGAGGAGCUGUUCGGGGACGUCUCCCAGCCGGCGCUGGACUUCAUCUCGGCACUGCUGAUCGUCGAGGCUAGUGAACGUCUCUCGUCCCGAGCGAGCAUGCAGCACCCGUGGCUCUCCCCUCUCUCCGGCACUCUGCCCGACGCAGACGUCCAGCAGGUCAUCAUCAAACGCUCCAGCUGCGAGAAGGACAUCAACGGCUUCUCCAACAAGGUGCUGGUGCUGGACAAGAAGAUGAUGUGCUAGCGUCCUGGACCAUAGUGUAUCGAGAGGCGAGUCCCAUCGCUCUCCCAUGAGAGAGUGUGAGGGUGAGAGGGGUGUCGACGUAUCGGUCACCCCCGUCUAGUCUGGAGAGUGGUGUCUGCUGUGGCGACGGCAGCCAGUUAGGGAGUGCCGGAGUGUCGGCGGACAGGGCAGUGUCCGGUGGCCGAGGUUAUAUUCUCCCUCCGCGGGGUGGGGAGGUGAGGGAUGGCGGCGUCCAAGGGAGGUGGGUCGGGCACCUGAUCGCCUGAUACGGACACAUAAUAUUUAGAUCUGACACACUUAUCGAACCGUUACCGAGCUGUGUCUCUCAACUGUUCCAUUCCGUUUCACAAGGUCUGAUAUUCAUCAUCAUUCAGUGUCGUCUUUUUUUGCGCCGUAGCUCACAGCUCUCAUCCAUCAGUUGUUCUUUCCAUCCCAUCCGGUUCCGUGACCCUACCCCCGCCAGUCCCAUGACCUCUUCACGUGCCGCGCCCGGCAGCGGCGCCGGAACCAUGGACGUUCGUCCGCUCCGGGACGCGGUGGCCCCCCGGCCUGUCCCCGUCCUGGGCCGUCCUAGCUCGGAGUCGCCGUAUCGCUCCCCAUCUGCCUCUGUCUUGAGUGAGAUGGAGUCGCAGUGAAGGCGGGAUGCCAUGGCUCGGUAAGCUGGAGUCUAUGCGCGAGAGACGCGCGUAAUAUCUGCAGUGUGUUAUUUAUUUGUCGCGCAUGAUGACCGGUCGACAAGUGGGAACAAUUAGUCAGGUGGGGUUUCCAUGUCCGGUGACCCAGAGGGGCUUCCUAGCUGUAUGAAACGGGACGGGAGGGGCUCAGAGAAGAUUCUGUCGCGUUUUAUGUUUUUGCCAUUCGGUGUACAAAUGCUUUGUAGCGUUAUUACUUUACUGUAUGAUCUGACGUCAUCAGAUCUGUUGACGUCAUAGAUCUGUCAAGAUAUAGCGGGAAUCAAUCAGCGGCUUGGAGCUGGAUCGAGCCCAGUGCUGCCUAGUGUCCAUUCAGUCCGGCGAGUACGAGUCAUAGAUAAUAUCGGAAGGUGGAAGCGAGGGGUCGGUUCGCUCCUCUAUCGCCCCGGCCGCGGCGUGCUCUGAUCCCCUCGGCAAUCCACGGCCCCGCCGCUCGUGUGGGGAGUGUGGGUGCUCCCUGCCACGAGCCGCGAGCGAGUCGCUUUCCGUUCACGGAGAGCGUUGGUUUAACGAGAUGGUUUAUAUUGUACAGACUACUGAGAGAUUUGAGAUUACCGCGCUCCCCGCCCAAUGCUCAGCGGUCAGGGCGUUUGUAUGCGUGUGUGUUCUGUGCGCGUCGUUAUGAAGUGAAUAGGUGGCAUGUAACUCCAUACCUUACCGCAGUGCGAGUGAUUGAGUGAGUGUAUCUAUUGUAUAUAUGCCGACCUCGGACAGCACGCCGUCAGGGGAAGUUGAUGCGAUAAACUGCUGCGUGCCUGCGUUGGCCGCUGUGGCCAGGUUCUUGUUGCGCCUUGUCUCGCGUGAUUCGCAUUCCAUGUGAAGAAGUAGGACCAACACAGCUGUGUAUCCAGCCUUGACGCUGUUUUCUACCCUUUUCUAAUCAAUUGCGGUUAAUACAUUAGACAGGCUGUA